AUGCUGCGGGCGAGGGAGGCGGAGAGGUUUGCGGCGGAGGAGGCGCAGCGAGAGGAGCAGCGGGCGGCCGCGGCGGCGCGCAAAGCCGCUCAGGCAGAGGCGGCGCGUCGCGAGAAGGAGGCUGCAGACAGGAGGGCGGAGGAAGAGAAGGCGAGGCGGCGCGCAAAGGCGGCGGAGGCAACGGCGGCCAAGAUGGAGGCCAAGGCGAAGAACAAUAAGGCCAAGAAGGCGCCGUCUGCCUGCACGCUCGAGGAGGAGCGGAGGGCGCGGGCUGCGGCAGAGCUUCGCGCGCAGGAGGAGAGGGCGGCGCAGCUGGCUGCUGAGCAGGAAUCGACGAGGCGAGCGGAGCGCGAGGCGGCAGAGCUAGCGGGUGCGGCGGAGCGGGCGGCGCUGCGCGAGGAUGCGGAGCUGGCAGAGGCGCUGCGCCGGUCAGAGGCGGAUGCGGAGGAGGCGCUGGCGCGUCGGGUGUCGCGGUGCGAGGAGGCGGUGAGCAGUGAGUCGACCGGCGGCGGCGGGGACUUGCAGCGGCGUGUCGAGCGGCUGGAGGCGAGCCUCGGCACGGCGACCGAGGGCAGCCUCGAGGAGCGGGUCGGCGCCAUCGAGCGCUUGAUCGGGCCAGAGGCGGGAGAGGUGGCGGAGCAGCCUCUGUCAGCCACCGAGCCGCUAGCUGCCGUCUCGCUAGCGGACGCCGGCCUCGACACGGGGCGGCCAGCUGCCCCAGAGUCCACGAUGGGGGGAGAGACCACGUGCAUCGUGUGUUUCGCGAGAGUCAAGUCGCAUGCUGCGGUUCCCAGAGGCUCCGUGGGGUCGAAAAGGCCGACGCUGGGAGUCGCAAUCGUCAAACCAUCGCAGCACCACGCGGUCCGCACGUACCGCCCACAUCCCCUCCACCGCUGA